AUGACCACCACAUCUGUCCUGGAUGUCAGUCGAGGUGCGCUGAACUUCGGCGAUGAGACCCUCUACUUGGCAGUCUUGAAGGACUACUCUCAAGAGCUACUGGCGUCGGUGCAUCGCAUUGAGUCCAUCAGCGACAAAACCGCGCUGAAGGAUGAGGUGGCGUUGCUUCGAGCCUCGGCCUCGUACAUGGCUGCAGAGCGGCUGAAGGCUGCAGCAUCAGCGCUCCUGUUGGCUCUGGAGUCCCGUCAAGGGAACGAGGCUGCCCUGCGUGCAACUCUCUGCGAGCAGGCCCGUGCUGUGUGUGUGGAGGCCCGAAGCGGCCUUGGCCGACCACCCCCACGGGUCACGGCCAGCGGAUCGGAGGAUGACGUUGAUGUGCCAGUUCUUGAAGGUGUUGCCGGGAAGCCACCAAGGCCGGUGUGA